ACAGUUAAUCUCAGAUCGGAGAUCCGAGUUUCCGGAGGCUUUUUCCUUCCCUUAUAAUUUCUCUGUCCGCCUCCGCCGUCCGGCCGGCCGCCGUGCACCACCCAGGAUUGAAGCAAGAUGGGUUUGUUGUCUCUAUUGGAGGUGGCCUCCAUGCCCAACAUCCAAGUCCUUCUCAUUUGCUUGUUGGGAGCUUUCUUAUCCACUGAUCGUUGCAACAUUCUUCCACCCCAUGCUAGAACAUCACUUAACAAGAUUGUGUUUAGUGUCUUCACUCCUUGUCUCAUGUUUGCAAAUUUGUCCAAAACUGUCACCUUUCAAGACAUCAUUUCAUGGUGGUUCAUGCCUCUCAAUAUUGGCUUCACCUUCUUCUUUGGAGCUGUUUUGGGAUGGAUGAUCGUUCGAAUCCUUAAACCCAAGCCAUACCUUGAAGGCCUCAUUGUCGCCUCUGCUGCUACGGGGAACUUGGGCAACCUUCUUCUUAUCAUCAUCCCUGCAAUUUGUGGCGAGCCGGGCAACCCUUUUGGCGAGUGUGAGGCUUGUACUUCUCGUGGCCUCUCUUAUGCUUCCUUCUCCAUGGCGCUUGGCGGGUUUUACAUUUGGACUUAUUGUUACCACCUUGUGAAAACGUCCUCCUUAAAGUUCAAUGAAGGCGAAGAAUUUGGAUCGGAGGAGGUGUUGAAAGCACCCGACCAAGCCUCGAAUUUGACUAUUCGUCUUCUCGGGGAAGACAAUGUCGUUCCUUCUUCACUCCCGUCCACCAAGUCUCUAAAAGAGAUCGAAUCCCAAGAUCAAGCCGUCCCCAUAUUAGAGAAGGAAGAGAAAGCAACCAUAUGGGCUAAAACACGACAUAUCUUUGUCGGAAUUAGUAAAGAGUUGAUGGAGCCACCAACAUUAGGAGCCAUUAUUGGAUUCAUUUUCGGAGCGGUCACGUGGCUUCGACAUCUCGUAGUUGGGGAGAGCGCUCCGUUUCGAGUAGUCCAAGACUCGGUUAAACUACUCGGUGACGGAACAAUCCCGAGCACGACACUCAUCUUAGGCGCCAACUUGACACGAGGGCUACGAUCAUAUCGAGUGAAACCGAUGGAGAUCGUAGCGCUGAUCGUAGUCCGAUACAUUGCUCUACCGGCCAUCGGAAUAGCCGUGGUGAAAGCUGCCAAUGCAUUAGGGUUUCUUCCGCCGGACCCCAUGUACCAAUUCGUGCUGAUGGUUCAGUACACGCUGCCGCCGGCCAUGUCCAUCGGAAUCAUGACACAGUUGUUCGACGUGGGUCAAGAGGAAUGCUCAGUUAUCAUGUUCUGGACCUAUUCCGCCGCCGCCCUCGCGCUCGCCGUUUGGUACGCCGUUUUCAUGUGGAUCUUGUCACCUUAAUUUUUACAAUACAAACUACAAAUUAAAAAAUAAAUAAAUACAUAUUAUAAUUAAUUAUUUUGA